AUGGCGGCUAAGUACGGCCUAAUGCUACAUCAGAUGGACGUCAAGACAGCGUUUCUUAACGGCUCCCUCAACGAAGACAUCUACAUGGACCAGCCGGACGGAUACCUGGAUGCAACACAGCCGGACUAUGUGUGCAAGCUAAAGAGAUCACUCUACGGCUUGAAGCAAUCGCCUCGCAUGUGGAACCAAACAAUCGAUGGGUUCAUGAUCAAGAUGGGAUUCAAGAAGUGCGAAUCGGACCACUGCAUCUACAUCAAGCGAGACGACCAAGACAUGAUUCUCGUGGUGCUCUACGUCGAUGAUCUCAUCCUGGCCAGCAGCAACAACGAACUCCUCAAGUCAACCAAGAUGGCGCUGAGCAAACGCUUCGAAAUGACGGAUCUCGGUGAGCUCGAUUACUUUCUCGGCAUGGAGAUCAAGAACGACCGUAAGACGGGAAUGGUGACUGUGCAACAAACCAAGUUUCUCAAGUCCGUGUUAACCAAGUUCGGAAUGGAUAACAGCAAGCCAGUGAAGACGCCUCAAGAUCCCGGCCUGAAGCUAACCAAGAACAUGUGUGAACAAGAAUGCAAGCACGAAGACACCAUGUGCAACGUGCCAUAUCGAAGUGCUGUCGGAGGCAUCAUGUAUCUCAUGGUCGCCACACGUCCGGAUCUAGCUGCUGCAGUGGGAUCAUUAUCCCAGUUCUCGUCCGACCCAUGCCCGACUCACUGGCAAGCUUUGAAGCGUGUGCUGAGAUACCUGCAAGCAACGCCCAAUCAUGGUCUUGAGUUUACACGUGAAGAAGGAAGCCGUAUCUGCGGGUACACCGACGCAGACUGGGCCGGCGACAUUGAGUCAAGACGAAGUACAAGCGGCUAUGUGUUCAUGAUGAGCGGAGGAUGCAUCAGCUGGAAAAGCCAGAAACAACGGACGGUCGCGCUAUCUUCAACAGAAGCAGAAUACAUGGCGCUUUCCGAAGCAACCAAAGAAGCAGUAUGGCUCAAAGUGCUUUUGGGGGAACUUGGUGAGAUGACAAGCGACGAAGCGAUCAAGAUGUAUGAAGACAACCAAGGAUCAAUCGCUCUCGCCAAGAACCCGGAGUUCCAUAAGAGAACAAAACACAUCGACAUACGCUACCAUUUUGUGCGUGAGAAGGUGGAAUCAGGUGAAGUCGUUUUGGAGUAUUGCCCGACUCAAGAUAUGCUGGCAGACAUGAUGACCAAGCCGAUCGCCGCUGUACAAUUUGAAAACAUUCGCGAUCGACUUGGGAUCCAAGGUGCCGCAGCUAACGAGUCGAGAGGGAGUGUUGAAAAGACAGCGGCUGUGAAGAAGACACCUCGUCAAGCUGCGUCAAGUGUUGAAGCAAGUGGAAGACCAAGCUUCGCUAUACCGGUGGGUACCGGUAUGUACCAGUAA